ACACACACGCACGCACGCACGCACAGUAUUCAAACAACAUGAGUAACUAUGUAGCCAAGCUCGCGCUUGGUAAAGCAGCAGACCACAUACAGAGCAAACCAUCCAUCGUGGAAAGAGAUGUUGAGAUACAAGCAGCCAUCGAAGCCGUGUCGGCAACAAGCAAAAAGCACUGGUGGCGUAAGCGGCCCCAGGCCGAUAUCAUCCUAAGCGCACACGACCGUCAAGUUCUGCGUAAAGUCAAAUCGCGUGCAUGGUACCUUGACCGCGGAUUUCAGUGUUGCUGCUUUACUGUGGGUCUCGAUGGUAUUAUCGGACUUAUUCCGGUUGUUGGCGAUGUCAUUACCCUAUUUUUGGCGCUGAACCUGGUGCGAGUGGCCGCGCGAGCCAAUCUUCCAAACUAUAUCAUUUUCAAGAUGCUCAUGAACGUAUUCAUUGAUUUUGCACUUGGAUUGACGCCGGUGGCAGGUGAUAUUUUGGACAUUCUCUACAAAGCGAACUGGAGGAAUGCACUUAUUCUGGAAGAAUAUCUCUUCAUCCGUCGACGUGACGAGCUACGAGAAGAAAGGUCUGCUGGAGGAAAUUAUGGAGGCACAGGGCUUGGAGGGGCAGCGGCUAUCACGGCAGGGUCAUCAUCUGCAGCCAAGAAGAACAACAACAACAACGAUGAAAAUGGUCAUACCCACAACAAGGAUAAAAAAGGCAGCAGCAACAACAACAACGGCAGCAACCAGCAGUCAAAUAAGAAUACAAAGGGAAAGGUGCACCAAUAUUUGGUACAUCAAACAUUACAAAACCCCACUAAAUUAGCGGGCGCUACGUCAACAACACGAAGUGGGCCACGUGAAUAUGCUACUUUCAUUGCCAUCCCUCAAGAAGCAUGAUUUGCGUGACACAUUUAUAAAGAAUACCCGUUUUUUUUGCUAUCUCGACUAAUUAGCAGUAACUUUAUGCACAAGCAUGUCUGAGAAAUCCCAAAUUGCAGAGAUAAUAGAACGAAGAUCGUUGCUUACCGAACCGUCAUUCCAUAGAGAAUGAUUGCUUUAAUAAUGAUUAUGGUGUAGCAAUACACGUUAGAUACAUAUUAA